AUGCGUGUCUCCUGCUGCUGGAUUCCUCCUGCACGAAAGAGGCAGUGAAUUCUGGGUUUGAAGCUGGGAGUACCGGAAAUUGCUCUGCUUCCUCUCUUCAACUCUGCAGUGGCGGAAACUCAAGCACCAGAGGAGAGGUUCCGGGCUGGCCAGGGCUGGAGGCGGCGGAAUGGAGGCCGGGACCGAGGACCGGGGACUGACUCGCCGCCCGACCUUGGCCUCCUCCUGGGAUGCGCCGUGCGGGGCCCUGACACAGAGCCUCUUUCUCAGCCGGGGAGGUCUCGGCGCCGGGGAAUUCGACUGGGAGGAGCUGCUGGAGCCGCCUGCUCCCGGCCAGGAUCUGGUGGUUUUGCAGAGGAGCCUGAACAGCCAAGAUGAAAACCCCUGCUUCCUUUACCUGACAUGUGACCCUGAUGGAGGUGAAGAAAUGGUUUCUAUUGGCAUUUUAAGUUCAGCAAGAAAUAUGGAGGUGUACUCAGGAGAGGAGUACUGUGGAACUAGCAGGGGCAGGAAUGUUUGUGCUCUCCUGGAUGACAGUGAACAUGAGAUGAUUUUGUACAAAAAAUAUUUAAAAUUGGAGUCCCCCACACAUGCUUGUAAAGUAAAGUUGCUCUCCUUUGGUGAAAAGCAGUGUGUGUUCAUCGGUAAAGUUGUGGUACACGUGAGACCGGUUUCAGCAAGCUGUUUACCAGGCUGCCCUGCGCCAGGAUCAAGGAUAAACCUAGACAAGGUUCAAACCAUAGUGGAGUCCAUGGGGUCAAAGUUGUCACCUGGAGCUAAGCAGUUGAUGGAUAUGGUUAGGUUUCAGCAGCAGAACUAUAUUCCCUUUGGAGGGCAGCUUCAGUCCGUUUGGGGAAAUACUGGAUACAAGCAUAUAGCUGGACUACAAUCGUCAUCUACUUCAGGAGCUUCCACACCUUUUCCUUUUAGAACUGGGUUGACAUCUGGAAAAGCGACUGAAGACUUAAAAGCGUACAUUGAUAAAAAUACACAGCCACCUGAUGAAGGAAAUAUUACAAACCUCAACUCAUGUGGAAGUGUGCUGCAAAGCCGUGGUCUUCUUGAGGAUGAUCUUAAAACUUUAGUAUCCUCUUUCUUACCAAAGAAAGCAAGCGACAAUUCAAAUAUACCUAACUCUGAGUUGCUUCCUUUUCUUCAGAAUUUAUGUAGUCAAGUUAACCAUCUCCAUGUGGGAAAUAACCCUGAGUGGCAGGAAAAGAUUACCAAGCCUGGUGAAGGCAUUGUUGGUGUUGCAGUGGAAGAACAACCUGUUUGCUCUUACUUGGAAAAGAUUCUUUCUAAAAAUAUGGAAUUGAUGGAAAAGAACCUGAUGGACUAUGUUGAUCAGCGAAUAUGUAGACUCCAGGAGCACAUAGAUAAUAAGAUCGCUCUACUGGUGGACUCAGUGCAAAAUGCCAACUCUCUAUCUCCUGGGAUCCCUCUAAGACAAUAUGGUUCUGGAGAAAGACUUUCAAAUGGAGAAAGAUAAGUGCUCCCCAUAUAUACAUACUAGACUACAGAUAUUUAUUACAUAUAUGCACACCAAAGCCAAAACCCAGAAAGGUUUAUGGAAGGCAAGUGGCAAGUAUUUAAUGUCCUUUGAAGGAUCAUCAUCUUAACUGACCUCAGUGUUCAUUUUUACUGCACUCGGUACUGUAAAUCCAGUAUUGUACACUAAGAGUCAGCAUGCUCGGGUCAUAACUUAUUUUUGCUAGCAAUAUUUUUCAUUCUUGCAAGAAAUUUAUAUAAACGUCUGUGUUUGAAUGUUGAAAAUUUUUCAGGAUUUUGAUUGCUGUUCAUUAGUUUGUACUGUAUAUGUAUGUGACUGGAGUAUGUUUUAUUUAUACAAAGACUUCAUAGUUUUAUGAGUAUGUAAAAGAAUGCUUACGGUAUCUGAUAUUUUUGCUUUUUCUAGUUGGUUGUUCUUAGGAAAUUGGAGACUUAAGACUUAGAGCCUUUAAUUCAGAUCACCAACGUACGUUCUGUAUUGUUUAUCUCAGAGAAAUGAGUAGAUGCAAUGUCUGGCAUGUGUAAAGCUAGUUCACAUCGGUGCUGUUAAUGUAAUUUGUUCCAUCACAUUGUAGCAGUAGGUAAAAGAGCAAAACUCAGAGCUGGCGUCUUCCUUGUUAGGGUUAUUUUACCUUGGAUUUGGUGUUUGAUGUAAGAUAGCAGAGAUAGUCUUGGUUAUCACAGUACACUCAGAAAGUAUAAGGAAGUCUCUCCUUUAUGUUGGGACAGGUAUGUUUAAAGUAUGAAAGGGUGAGGGUCUAGGCAUGCACAUGAAGGAGAUUGCAGUUCUCUCAGGCUGACUUAAAUUUCAGAAGUUACAACUACUGUAUAUGUUUUAAAAGGUAAUAUAUUUGCAUCUAGAAAAUAAAUGCAUCUAUUCUGAAAACACUUGUAUUAAGUUAUAGACCUUUUUUCGCCUAAUAUUUGUUUAAAAUGUUUAUUUUAUGAAAAGGGGUGUAAAAAUAUUUUGGAGAACUUAGUUUUUUCAGAUGAGAGCUAACUUUUACGUUUGUUCAUUUCAGUCAUCUUGCAAAGGUGUUGUACUCUAUGAAACACUCUAAGCUCCGUGACAUGACGACUGGUAUCGUCACUUUUGUUGGGCCCUUCCUAAUUUAUUCAUAACAUAUGAAGCCAUGAGGCAGCAUUUCCUACAGCAUUCAGAAGAGACCUGUCUCACUUAUGACUGUACCCCUUAGUUAACAGUCCUGCAGCUUCAGGUAGUUGUGAUUUGUGCUUUGAUUUACAAAAUACCUCACUAUAAUUGUAAAUAGUAUGCAUAAACUAUAUUUUAUAAAAUGGCUAAAGUAGAUUUAAUAUCACAAUUAUAUGUGUGUACACAUAUAUACUAGAAAUUAUUCAGAUGAACUCUAAUUCUGAUCUUCUGUUUCUUAAAUUUUUCAGGGUAAUAAUCAUAUAUAUAGAUUUCAUAUACACAUAUGUACACAUGCUUUGUGUGUAUGUGUAAUCCGUAUACAUGAAAUUCUUAAUUCACAGAUACUGAUUUUCUGACAUAUUUAUAUAAUUGCUUGAUUAAAAUUAUUAGUACUCAGACAAUAUUUCUUGCGUUUGUUGAAACAGGAGAAGUGAACCACAGCGUUUACAAAAUCUCUAUGAAGUCUUUUUUUAUUUUUAAUCACUUUUCUCCACACACAACUCUGGAUGCUGGGUAGUUAAAUGUGCCCUCAGAGGCACACGCAUUUAAAGGGUACAAUUCAGUAGUUUUGGGUAUGUUCACAGAUACGUGCAACCUUCACCAGUAAAUGCUGAAACAAUUUCAUCACCUCCAAUAGAAACCCCUGUACCCUUGAGCUAUUGUCCAUCCUCCUGUGCCUCCCCCAGCAAACCCCUAGUAACCUCUAAUCUACUUUCUGUCACUAUGAAUUUGUCUAUUCUAAGUAUUUCAUGUAAGUGGAAUUGCGCAAUAUUUGCCAUUUUCUGUCUGACUUAGCCUAUUUUCAAGGCUCAUCCAUGCUGUCACGUGUAUCUGUACUUCAUUGCUUUUUAUAGUGAAUAGUAUUUCAUUGUACAGGUAUACCACACCUUGUUUAUCCGUUCAUCUGAGGAUAGACAUUGGGUGGUUUCCACCUGUGGCUGUUGUGAAUAACGCUUCUGUAAACAUCUGUGUACAAGUUCAUGUGUAGAUACAGUAUAUAUGUUUACAUUUUUCUUGGGUAAAAAAAAAUUUUUUUUUUUUAUACAGUGUAUCUGGGAGUAGAAUUGCUGAGUCAUAUCUAACUCUAUGUUUAAUAGUUUGAGGAACUACCAGAUGGUUUUCCAAAGCACCAGCCUGUCCUUUCUUACCCCUGUGGCAUCUUGGGCUGUUGCCUCCCGCAGGAGGUUCCUCCUCGCUGACUCCCAUCUCUGCCUUUCCAAAUCGUACCCAUUGUUCAAAGCCCAGCCCGAUGCUCCCUUCAGAAAUCCUUCUUGGGUCCCUCCCGUCCCUAGCUGGAAGUAGGAAGCUCGUGGACAAAGGCAGCAUGGAGAAAACAAUACUGAAGGUUCUUUUUAAGGAGAUGAGAACCAGCUCAGAUGGACUAAAGCACAGGACACAUGUCAGGCAGUGGUUAGAGAGGAGGCAGUUCUCACCGUGUGCUCCCCAGACAACCUUGUUUGUCAGAAUCACCUGCGGAGCUUGUUAGAAAUGAAGGUUCUACAGCCCCAACCCAGUUUUAGUGAGACAGACCAGAGGGAGGAAUGGUUCCUGAGUAGGCACUGCGAAAGAUCUCAGAGUUACUAUCAAACAGGCUGAAUCUUGGAGAGCCUCUGCUUUGAGCUUUAACACAGUCCAUCUGAACCCAAGGCAUCUGAUCAGCUGUAUCUGCCUCAGCUGGGAGAUUGUUAGAACUCAGGGCUUUGAACCAAUUCAUUCCGGUUCUACCCCCUGCUAAGAAUUUGCUUUUCCAUGCCAGGCGUACUGAAUCAGCAUCUACAUUUUAACAAGAUCCCCAGGUGAUUCUCAUGUAUACAUAUUACCCAGGGAUCUUGUUAAAAUGUAGAUACUGAUUCAGUAUAUCUGGGGCAGAAAUGUAAAUUCUCAGCAGGGGUCAAACCAGAAAGAACCUGUUAGAAAUGCAAAUUCACGGGCCCCACCCCAGUCUUUUAGGAGUCGCUGUGUCAUUCGCACCCCACUGUAGGUAAAGCAAACCUUAGCAUCUCCCCAGUUGCACUUUUCUUUCCUCACAUCACUGCCUCCUCAUCCCUGAUUGUAAUCUGUGGCUGGCAUUGGACAGGGCACCCCAGGAUUGUAAUUUCCUGCUCAUUUUGACAAAGUCUCUCCAGAUAUCCUCAGAAGACAUACUUCUAAGAUGACUUAAAAAAAAAAAUCCACAAGGGUUCAACCAACCUGAAGUGUCCUUCCACCUUAGUCACUUACCUGCUGGGUGACUUUGGACAAGUCAUUUAACCUUUCUUAACUUCAGUUUUCUGGUCUGUGAGAUGGUUUGUCAGUGGAGGCUUGCGUAUUGCUAUGAUGCUGACCAGGUUUCAGUGGAACUUCACACUAAGACAGACUACGAAGAAAAGUCGAAAGGUCUGAUGAGCCUGUGCCCAAACAUCAGCCAACAAAAACCUUAUGGAUCACAAUGGUCUGAUCUGAAACCUAUUAUGGGGAUGGCGAAGGAUCAGGCAGAGCUUUGUUGCAUCGUGUAUGGGGUUGCCAGGCGUUGGAGCAGACGCCACGGCAGCUAGCAGCAGUCCCCGAGGGUUGCUGAGAGGACCGACAGGCAGUUCUCGCGCAGCCCUGAGAGCUGCUGGAGUGUGGGGCAUGUUCUCGAGCUUGGCGCAGCCCUGAGAGCUGCUGGAGCGCGGAGCAUGUUCUCGAGCUUGGCUCCUACUCAGGGGAUUGCCAUCUAAUUGGUAUGGGAUGCCGUCUGGGCGUGAGGAAUUUUGAAAGCUCCUCAGCUGAGCCUAACGCACACAAAGUUUUAAGACCACUAGUUUCGUGGUCAGGAGCCUGGCGGCACAGUGGUUCAAGCACUCAGCUGCUAACGGAAAGGUCACUGGUUUGAACCCACACCACUCCAUGGGAGAAAGAUGGGACAGUCUGCUUCCACAGAGAUUACAGCCUUGGAAACCCUAUGGGGCAGUUCUACCCUAUCCUGUAGGGUCUCUAUGAGCUGGAAUGAACCCGACGGCAGUGGGUUGGGUUGGGGGAGUUUUGUGGUUUAAAGCUUGCUUCUGGAAUCAGACUAACUGCUCAAUUCCUGGUCCUUUUUCUUCUUAGCUGUGUGACGUUGGGCAAGCUUUCAGCCUCCCUGGUAUUUCCCCAUUCGUUAUUGCCUCCAUUAAUAAAGUGGGGGUAGCAACAAUGUUGCCUCCCUCUUAGGGUCUCUGUGAAGAUUAAAUAUCUGUAGGAGCCAGUUCCAGACACGUAGUCAUCUAUAGCCUGUCAGCCAUUAUCGUCGUCGUUGUAGUGGUUACGGCCACCUGCAGAAGCCGCUGAAUUCUGAACCCAUGGGCCCCCCAAUAUGGCUUGAGGGUUCAUCCAUCCUCAUUAGGAAAACAAAGUCUCUAUUUAGGAGAGUGGGAAAAGAUUCUGAUACUUUUGGUUUCUGCCUUCCUACUCUUUAAUGGUGGUUCUCAUUGAGGUGCUUGGCUGCAAACCAAAAAGUCCAAGAUUCCAACCAGGGCUUGGAUCCGGUUUGGACCCCUGCUAAGAAUUUGCAUUUCCACCCCAGAUACACUGAAUGAAUCUACAUUUAACAAGAUCCUCAGGUGAUUCUUACGUAUAAUAAAUAUUGAGAGGCACUGCUCUCAGAAUUAGCCCCUAACCAGCGGUUAUUAGCAUCACCUGAGACCUUACUAGAACUGCAAAUUCUUAGCAGGGAUUUGAACCAGAACUAACCGGUUCAAAGCCCUGGAGGAAAGUCUGCACACCCCAGUAGUGGGGCUCCACCCCCUGCAGGUGAUGCCUACACAGGCACACAGCCAGUCUGAAUGGUUUUUAGCUCUGCACCAAGUAAAAUCCAAAAACCAAACCUGUUGCUGUCAAGUUGAUGCUGCCCCAUAGGGCCUCCGAAGAGCAGCUGGUGGAUUUGAACUGCCAGCAUUUUGGUUAGCAGUGAAACGCUUAACCACUGCACCACCGGGACCCACACACAGAGUCAGCCACCAGUAAUUGGUUUCUUCCACUUAGAAUGCUUGGUAAGAAAAGUAUUAAUGAUUUCUCCUGUAAAAUUCCAAAAGGAGCAGACAGUAUUUGAGGAAUGAAGAAAGAUGGUUUUUAAAAAGAAGUUUUAACUAAGUUUAUACCAAAAAAAAAGAAACAUAGACUUUGUAAUAGAAACUGAUUUAUAAUUAAUAAUCCCCUCCACUCCUAAAGGAACACUCGUGCUUUUUUAUCCUUGGUCGAUGACUGAUGCCCUUACAAUGAGAGUCUUUUAAUUUUUACUCAUAAACAACUUAAACCUGCAGCUUUUACUCAUAAAUAACAUACACAGCAAUAUUUGUUUUAGAGAAAAACCAAGAAAGUAAAGACAAUUAACAAAAUUAAACCACCUACUCCCAUUCAAGGAGUCCUGGUGGUAUAGUGGUUAAGAGCUGGCUGCUAACCAAAAGGGCAGCAGUUCAAAUCUACCAGCUGAUCUUUGGAAACUAUGGGGCAGUUCUCCUCUGUCCUAUAGGGACUGACUCAACAGCACCUAACAACAACAACAAAAUCCCACUCACCCAUCUAAGCAUUAUGUAUAAGCUGAUGCAUGUACUUUGAGACCCUCUGCUUUGCUUUAUUAGUUCAUUCUCAUUCCAGAUUUUUUAAAUGCUCCUGUACUCUGUCCUAUAGGGUCGCUAUGAGUCGGAAUCUCCUCGACGGCCCUGGGUUUUCAUAUACAGGCUAUCCUCAUUACUAAUGGAUUCAGUAUCUGCAAAUUCUCCUAAAAGACAAAACAAACUCGUUGCCACUGAGUCGAUUCUGAUCAUAGCCACCCUUUGAACUGAGAAGGCCCUGCUUCCCAUACUCCUUCCAACAGUUUUGCUGAUCUCUGAGCUGCUAAAAAAAAACAAAAACCCAUUGCCACUGAGUUGAUUCUGACUCAUAGUGACCCUGUAGGACAGAGGAGAACCACCCCGUAGGGUUUUCAGGGAGCGUCUGGUGAAUUCAAACUGCCAACCUUUUGGUUAGCAGCCGUAGUUCUUAACCACUAUACCACCAGCCUUCUUGUUUCAGCUCUCAGGAUAUAAACAAGUGUCCAUUUCGUGGUCUAUUUAGUGCCAUGUUGUUGGUGAUUGCACCGUUUAAAGUGGCCCCCAAGUGUAGUGCUGAAGUGCUGUCUAGUGUUCCUAAGUGUAAGAAGGCUGACAUGUGCCUUCAUACGGAGACAAUACAUGUGUUACAUAGGCUUGGUUCAGGCAUGAGUUAUAGUACUGUUGGCCCUGUUGUUGUUGUUAGGUGCUGUCCAGUCGGUUCCAACUCAUAGCAACCCUAUGCACAACAGAACGAAACACUGCCCGGUCCUGAGCCAUCUUUACAAUCGUUGUUAUGCUUGAGCUCAUUGUUGCAGCCACUGUGUCAAUCCACGUCCUUGAGGGUCUUCCUCUUUUCCACUGACCCUGUACUCUGCCAAGCAUGAUGUCCUUCUCCAGGGACUGAUCCCUCCUGACAACAUGUCCAAAGUAUGUAAGACACAGUCUCGCCAUCCUUGCCUCUAAGGAGCAUUCUGGCUGUACUUAUUCUAAGACAGAUUUGUUCGUUCUUUUGGCAGUCCACGGUAUAUUCAAUAUUCUUUGCCAACACCACAAUUCAAAGGCGUUAACUCUUCUUCGGUCUUCCUUAUUCCUUGUGCAGCUUUCACAUGCAUAUGAUGUGAUUGAAAAUACCAUGGCUUGGGUCAGGCGCACCUUAGUCUUCAAGGUGACAUCUUUGCUCUUCAACACUUUGAAGAGGUCCUUUGCAGCAGGUUUACCCAGUGCAGUGCGUCUUUUGAUUUCUUGACUGCUGCUUCCAUGGCUGUUGAUUGUGGAUCCAAGUAAAAUGAAAUCCUUGACAACUUCAGUCUUUUCUCCACUUAUCAUGAUGUUGCUUAUUGGUCCAGUUGUGAGGAUUUUUGUUUUCUUUAUGCUGAGGUGUAAUCCAUACUGAAGGCUGUGGUCUUUGAUCUUCAUUAGUAAGUGCUUCAAGUCCUCUUCACUUUCAGCAAGCAAGGUUGUGUUAUCUGCAUAACACAGGUUGUUAAUGAGUCUUCCUCCAAUCCUGAUGCCCCGUUCUUCUUCGUACAAUCCAGCUUCUCAUAUUAUUUGCUCAGCAUACAGAUUGAAUAGGUAUGGUGAAAGAAUACAACCUUUCCUGACUUUAAACCAAUCAGUAUCCCCUUGUUCUGUCUGAACAACCGCCUCUUGAUCUGUGUAAAGGUUCCUCAUGAGCACAAUUAAGUGUUCUGGAAUUCCCAUUCUUCACAAUGUUAUCCAUAGUUUGUUAUGAUCCACACAGUCAAAUGCCUUUGCAUAGUCAAUAAAACACAGGUAAACAUCUUUCUGGUAUUCUCUGCUUUCAGCCAGGAUCCAUCUGAUAUCAGCAAUGAUAUCCCUGGUUCCACAUCCUCUUCUGAAACUGGCCUGAAUUUCUGGCAGUUCCCUGUCAAUAUACUGCUGCAGCCGCUUUUGAAUGAUCUUCAGCAGAAUUUUGCUUGCGUGUGAUAUUAAUGAUAUUGUUCUAUAAUUUCCACAUUCGGUUGGAUCACCUUCCUUGGGAAUAGGUAUAAAUAUGGAUCUCUUCCAGUC